AUGAGCAGUCUAGUUCACAGUAUGCAACAAGACGCCGGUCUGACUGUUGAGCAGCGCCUGAAUACCAUCGAAGUCAAGAUGAUCGACUUGGAAUUCGCUAUAGCUCGGAUGCAAAGCAGCUCGGCUGGUUCAAAUGAGAACCCGCACACAGAACGAUCAUCUCGACAGAAGCAAACCCCAUCUGCCGAGUCCCUCACUCCUAAUCUGCGCAAUAAAACUUCUGGGCUCACCGGAUCACUUGAACGUGAUGAAUCCCCGAGUCCCCUGGCAGCUCUGCCAACAGUGCGACCAGCAAGCACCAGCACCAUUCGCCCCGACACAAUGAACUCCCGCAUCCUCCGACCCGCCCCAUCCGCUACAUCCUUAUCUGACUUCAACGGUGUUUCCAUCGAGCAAUACAGUACCUUGGUCACACUUCUUCGUCGCGAACAAACAGCCCGAAGGAAUCUCGAAAGCCAGGUUGCCGGCCUACGGGAUGAUCUCCGCCACAUCCAGCGCGCGGCAUUACACUCAAUGGAGCUCGGCACAAUGUAUCCAAUCCACAGCGUUGACUCGCAGGAAUUCCUUCGAUUCCGCCGAGCUCUAGACGACUCGGAUUCAUCGUCGCCUAUCCGGCCGGACGAAAAGCAUAACAUUGCUUACGAUAAUGCCUCGGACUGGGAUCCACAUGGGCAUGUUGAUGAUCCAUUUUCUCCACCCAAGUGGGAGCAUGGACAGCGAACAGUGGCCCCGUCCAUGAUUUAA